AGAGAGAGAGAGAGAACCCUAACGUAUUUGUGAUUUGACAUGAACAAGAGAGAUUCUGAUAGAGUGUAGCUUCAUAAAAUUUGUUACUGUCAGAAAUUAAGCGCCAAACCUGAUACACAUUUUACGAUGAAGAAGACCAAACGUUCUUCCAAGAAGUCUCUACCUGCCGAAAAUGGAACCACCAAACCUCCCUCUCCUCCUUCGCAACCCGAUGAUGUGGGAGAAAGGACGGUGAAGAAGCUUCGGUUAUCGAAGGCUCUCACGAUCCCUGAUGGGACAACGGUUUCUGAAGCAUGCAGACGAAUGGCAUCUCGCCGCAUUAACGCUGUUUUGUUAACUGAUUCCAGUGCUUUGCUUUCUGGAAUCCUCACUGACAAGGAUGUUGCUACUAGAGUUGUGGCGGAGGGGUUACAGCCGGAUCAGACAACGGUGUCGAAAGUAAUGACAAGGAAUCCUGUCUUUGUGACAUCAGAUACACUUGCCAUUGAAGCUCUUCAGAAGAUGGUUCAGGGUAAAUUUAGGCACCUCCCUGUUGUGGAAAAUGGUGAAGUCAUUGCCAUGCUGGAUAUCACCAAAUGUCUUUACGAUGCCAUAUCUGGGAUGGAGAAGGCUAGUCAGCAAGGGAGUGCCAUUGCUGAUGCUGCUGACGGGGUGGAACAUCAGCCCGGUAGUAAUACAUCUGCACCAAAUGGUUUCAUUGAAACAUUGAGGGAACACAUUUUAAGGCCUUCCUUGUCAACUAUAGUCGGGGAAAAUACUAGGGUUGCUAUUACAUCAGCAUCAGAUAAUGUGUAUGUAGCUGGAAAAAAGAUGCGGGAUUUGCGUGUCAAUUCAGCUGUGAUUGUGAUGGGAACCAAGAUUCAGGGGAUUCUUACUUCAAAAGACAUCCUUAUGCGAGUCGUGGCUCAAAAUCUUUCCCCAGAGUUGACCUUAGUGGAAAAGGUAAUGACUCCAAACCCAGAAUGUGCAUCACUAGAGACAACAAUUCUUGAUGCACUGCAUAUGAUGCACGAUGGGAAGUUCUUACAUCUUCCUGUGGUGGACAGAGAUGGAAAUGUUGCUGCGUGUGUGGACGUUUUGCAGAUAACUCAUGCUGCAAUUUCUCUGGUUGAAAGUAGCUCUGGAGCUGUUAAUGAUGUGGCAAACACAAUUAUGCAAAAAUUUUGGGACUCGGCUUUUUCUCCAGAGCUGCCUGAAGAUUAUGAUAAUAAUAGUGAAGCCUCUGGGCUACUGACUUUAGACGGGGCAGAUACCACAAAGUCAUAUCAAUCCGUAGGUUAUGGAAAUUCAUUUGCUUUUAAAUUUGAGGAUCCAAAUGGUCAUGUGCAUCGAUUCAACAGUGGCGCUGAACAUCUAGAUGAGCUUGUAUCUUCUGUCAUGCAAAUAAUUGGUCAUGUUAAUAAUGGAGAACGCCCUCUAAUUAUGUACGAGGACGAUGAAGGUGAUAAAAUUAUUCUUUCAACUGAUAACGAUGUUGCUGCUGCUGUCAGCUAUGCUAGAUCUGCAGGACUGAAGGCUUUAAAGUUAGAUUUGGAGUUUGCCGAUUCAACCAAGCCAAUUAAACCACAAUCUGGUGCAGCCAAUUGGGAGAAAACCAGUGUAUUGUCUCUCCGAUGUGGUAUUAUCGCAGGUGCUGUUGUUCUAACAAGCAUUGGCGUAUUGAUCUACCUAAAGCGUUCCAAAAAGUGAUAUGUUUGCCAGUUUGAAAACAAAACAUGCAAUAAUCAUACUGUAUAAAUUCCAGAGCUUUAUCGUAAAUUAAAUACUCGUUGCAUCAAAGAAAAUGUUGGACAUAGGCGAGUGGCGUGAAGGUUCUAUAAUCGCCAGUCCUUUUUCUUUCCCCCUUUUGGUCUCUGAUGUAAUGGCAA